AUGGGUGAUAACACUGCAGGAAGCAGUAGUACUAGUGGUGGUGCCUCAAGAGAAGUGGGAGAUGGGAUGAUCAAGGAGCAAGACCGGCUGCUACCGAUAGCGAAUGUGGGAAGAAUCAUGAAGCAGAUCCUUCCUCCGAAUGCAAAAAUCUCAAAAGAAGCUAAAGAGACAAUGCAGGAGUGUGUGUCUGAAUUCAUCAGCUUCGUCACCGGGGAAGCGUCAGACAAGUGUCAAAAGGAGAAGCGAAAGACGGUGAAUGGGGACGACAUUUGCUGGGCGCUGGGAACGCUAGGGUUUGACGACUACGCUGAGCCAUUGAAAAGGUAUCUGCAUAUAUAUAGGGAGUUAGAUGGGGAGAGAGCUAACCAAAACAAGGGUUUCAGCAAUCAAUGA